AAUAGAAACAAUCUCUUUUAACAAUGAAUAGCAGUGAGGAGUAGAGAUGUUCAGAUGGUGCAGGCUAGCAACCAGUGCAGCAAAGACAACACAAACAGUGUAAGCAAUGGGCGGGUCUCAGAGCACAGUACAGAAAUCUUCAACACUUCUAUAAAACUUUGUCUUCUGACCUAAAUAUAAAUCAUUGGACAAUUCUGGACAUUUGCUGUGGAUCUGUAAGAAAGCAUUCCAUCAGCUUCUGGCUCAAAGCAGAGGAAUGUGAGCGUGGUGGGGGCUGCUGGGAUUGGAGGUCUCAGGAGAACUCGGCCAUGAAAGAUGUCAACUCUCUCCUUGCUGAGUCGAGGGAAUGCCAAGGUGAUCAAAACGACCCAAGAGAGGAUCGAAAUCCGCUUUGAACCGCAGGAUUACUUCAACUGGAGAUCCCACCAUGAUUUUCAGCUUAGAAGAUUCCUGAAUGGAAAAUGUGCUUCACACAACUAUUGGGAGAUUCCCACACACAAAACCUACAGUACUAAAAAGGGGCCCCUGGUUCUUUAUUCUGAGGAUUUGGCAUUGCCGGCAUCAGCAUGGAAUUUAUCACAGGACAAACAUGGUCAUAGAAGUCAUCGAUACAAGAGAAAAAAGUUCAAGAUUGAGCUCAGCACUCUUCUGGAUUUAUCUGGAGCUAUUCUAUCUUAUGGGCGAAAACAGAAUGGUCAUAUAGAUUCCAACUGGCAGCCAUACCUACAUUUUCUAAAUAAAGAGGAUAUUCAGUAUAACAGACAGAUCCGGCCUGGUUAUUCACCCAAGAGAUAUCUUACACGUCUUCUCCAUACUUGGGAUCCAAACUACCUUUACAAGCUGCAACAAACAGGAAGCCUUAGGGACUCAGUUCAGCUUCAACAAUUGGCCAGUUAUUUGGGAGAGAAUGGUGGCAGACAUCCAGACUUGUCAUCGACUCCUUUAAAAUAUCAACGCCUGCCUGCUUUUACUUUCCUUCCCCAAUGGACAAAUACCAAUGAUUUCACAAAUUCAGGACGUUGUACCCCGGUUGAGGAGGAGACUGGAAAUGAGGAAGAAUUGGGAGCUUACGGAGAAAUCCUUGAAGUAAAUGGAAAGCACUCAACUGUAACAUUAUCUGGUACUGGAGCCUUUAGGAAGUCAAGCCCUGAACGAACCAAAUCACAUGCUACCCAAAGUUCGUGGAAACCCAAGGAGCAAUAUAACUCACACAUGCAGAGAGAGACAAAGUACAGUCAGAAAAAAGAAGAUGAUACAAUAAGUAACAGGACUGACUAUUAUGAAAAGCCUCCUGUUCCUUUGGAGGUGACAUUUGGGAAGGAUAAUUCUUCACACUCUAACCAGAAGUCACAUACUACAUUUUAUGGUGGCCAUUUUACUGGUCAAAGGAAAUACCCUUAUGGUAAACAGGAGCCAUGGAGACUGUACAAUGAAAAUCUAGAACAUCUUCCAGAGGGGUCAUUCUUGCCACCUAUUUCUCAACCUGUUGGCCCAGAGUCUGAAGUCAAGGAAACCUUAAAGUUACCCCCAAUUAUGGAAGAGUGCUCCAGACUCCCACAAAGAAAGAGGAGGCGCAAAGCUACAGAUCCACCAAAGGAACUUUUGGUCAUACCACUGCUUGUUCGCUUUGAGAAUCAGAAAGUAACCCAAGGGGAAAAGACAAACACAGAUGGGAACACAAAAGCUGUACCUGGGAACAAUAAUCAAGAUUAUAUGAGCAAUAAACUACAGAGCCAAGAGGUGUAUAAAGAGGAGCCAACAGAUUCCACACUAGUGAAGGAGAUUCCAACUGCAGUAGUAGAGAGAAAACUCAAAACAUUACAGAUGGAUAUUGAUUGGAAUAUCAAUCCAAACCCAGAUGGUGACUUUCUACCAAUGCCAGAUGCCCCUUCAAUGAGUUUACUACCCCCUAUAAAUGGGAAGAAAGGACCCGGAAACCAAAGCAGUAUGGGAAAUGUAAAGGCAACUAAUGGCACCAACAACAGCACAUUAAGCUCCAAGGGUCAAAGUCUACCCACUGGCAUAAUUCGUGGAUCAGUACCUGAAGAGCUCAAAGAGUGCUGUAAAGGUGGCUCUGUGGGCAGUCUAAUAAUGAGUCCUAAUGGGGAAAUUGUCUGCCUCUCCCUAAUGGGGGCAACACGAGAUACAGAUAUGCCCAUUCGUUUUGACUUCAUUGCUGAGGAAGAUGUAGAAGAUUGCCUCCCAAUGGAAUCUGCAGGUCAGGAAGAACAAUGGUCUGGCAGCCAAAGGGAUUCAGAAAAAGAAAUGGAGGGUUCUGACUCCUCAUCUCUUCAGAUUCCAAUAAAUUUAGUAGAAGGAACGUCUUCACCUAAGCACAGCAGUGAACUACCAAAGCACAAGGCAAAGAAUAGACAGAGGAAGAUUUCUGUCCCUCGGACAGACAUACAAGAAGAUGCUGAUGAUGUUUCUGAUCAGCACUCUGUCACUGUAGAGAUUCAUAAGAUGACCAAUAAAAAAAGAGAAGAAAGCAAAGGGAACAAGAAAGAGGUGCAGAGUGAUGAGACAACAGAAUCUAAUACUGGUACCAGGAGAGAAUUCAGAAAAUUGGACGCCAGUUCUGCAGACACUUCUUCUACAAUGAACAGCCAGGAAAGUUUGAACAACAAUGUUGCAUUUACUCUUCAAGAUAUUGAUGCCGUCACUGAAAGUGAUUUAAAAAAUAAUGGAGCGAUCAAUCAGUCUCCACGUCUGGUGCAGAGAUCUCCUCAGUUAUCACCCAAAGGUUCUGUAAGUUUACAAGAAGUUGCAGCCUCACUAGAUGAAAGUUUGCAGAUAUCCACAGACGCUACUGGAAGAUAUACGCCAGUCAAGGAAGAGGAAGUGUCCACCAAGCAGCCAAUCAAGACCAAAGAUAAAAUAAUCAACAAGACGCCUCACACCAAGUCAGAUACAAGUGCCGCACUUACUCUGGAAAAAGUAAAGGCAACCAAUGAAAGACCGUCAACUGGAAAGAGUACAUUGGAAAAACAAGAAGAGAAUAUUCACAAUGCUGAGGCUCCAGCACCCCCUACUGUUCAAGAUGAACACAGCAUCAAGCAAGAUCCAAACAUUAAAGGUACAGGAAAACAAACAAACACAAUAGAAAAGGAUUCCGAUAUUUCCAAGAAAAAUACUCCAAAGGAAAGUAGGAAAAGCAAGAAAAUCCCUGAAAUCAACAAAGAUGUAGAAAGAGAAACAAAUGAGAACAAGGAGACGCUGCCUGGCCUUGAUCAACAGGCAGAAGCCACACAACAGAAAAGUCCACCAGGGAAGCCGCAGAUGAGUGAAGAGGAGGAAAUGGUGCCAGUCCAGGAGAUUACUAACACUGCAAAUAAAGAGACAGUUAAGGGGAAGGGCAAGAAAAAAAGCAAACCAGAGAAGGCUCACAAAACUGAGAAAAGUCAAGCCAAAGCAACCAAGAAGUCAAAUCAGGGAUCUGCCACAGAAGGCAAGGCUGCAUUUGUAGUAGGCCUGCCCAAAGAGAAGAAGGCAGAAAGCGAAAUCUCCUAUCCAAAGAAGUCUUCAGGCACAAGACAGCAAACUAUCCAAGAGACUCAGGAAAUACCUCAUGAGAUGCCAGAGGAGGAAGAGAUUGAUUCUGAAAAGGAAAGUGAAGACUCUUAUGUAGUAACUGAACACGUGAUGAGGAGCCCAUCUCCAACAGAACCCGAAGACAUGCCUCCUGACUCAGAUACAGGGGCCACACAUAACAAUUCCAACCAGGAUGCAGAACAGACGGCUCCUGAAACUACACUUACUACCCUUCCCGUGACAAAUCCCACCAAUGAAGAAGAGUACGCUGACAGUGAGUCAUCAGAGGCCACCAGCAGCUCUGUCCAUCAACAGAAGUUGGCCAGAGCUCGAGACCGAUCAGAGAAAGCAGAUAGAAGGCGGCUUGAGGUUGAGAGGAAGAGGAGAGAGCGUGAGGAGCAGCUGCGGCUGGAGAAAGAGCAACAAGAGAGGAUGGAAAGGAUGAGGGAAGAGCUGGAAGAAGAGCAGCAGCGCAGGGGAGAGGAAAUACGAAUACGGAAGAAGCAGGAGGAAGAAGAGAGACAGCGGCAGGAGCAGGAGAGAGUUCGGAGGAUGCAGUUGGAACAUCAAGCACUAGAGAGAGCACGGCUCCAGCAAGAGGAGUAUCGGCGAAAGCUGCAAGAAAUUCAGAAGAGGAAACAGGAGGAAGAAUUGGAGAGAUUGGCACUGGAACGCCAGAGGCAACAGGAACAGGAGCACUUAGAAGCAGAAGAACGCAUGCGUCUUUUAGACAUGGCAGCAGAAGAACGUGAAGAAUACCAGAGGAUGAAACGGGAAAGAGAGGAACAAGCCAGGCAAGAGGCAGAACGUCAGAGGUUGAUGGCAGAGGCAGAAGCCAAAGCGCUAAUGGAAGAAGCUCAAAGACAUGCUCAACUGUUAGCAAGGCAGACAGCAGCUCUGGAGAAACAACUGCAGUUUAACAGAGGACUGAUGAAGGAGUCGGUUGGCAUGGACCAGACCCAAGGUGUCUCCAGAUCUUGGGUGUUCUCUUACUUUGAGUUACUGGAACUCCUUGGGCUGCCUCUACCUGUGGAAGGAGAGUUGGUUUAGAACGUUUUGCUUUUAGGAUGUGUGUACACUAGCAAAGAAAACAAAAAACAAUCAUGUAAAUUCAGUGUAUAUUUAAAGCUACAGUUUAGAACGUUUUUUGACUAAAACACCCAACAAAUUACAGUAAAAUCUUGGAUUGAGAGUAACUUGGCUUGAGAGCGUUUUGCAA